AUGGACUUCAAGCUGGACAUGAGCCAGCCCCCCUCCCACCUCCCAGAGCCUGUCAAGAACUGCCCCGCUUCACCCCUCCACCAGGGGCAAGGAGUCCAGGCGGCUGACACUUGCUCAUCUUGCUGGGCCAGGGAGUUUGGGGGUGCCUGCCUGCCGCCCCCACUCGCAUCCCGGGAGGGCAGCCUGCCGCCCAGUGCCCUUCCUGCCCCCAACGCCGCGGGCUCCCCGGGGCGCCUCUUGGCAGCAGAACACAGCGCAUCCAGAGCGGUGUCGGUAAAGGAGGAGCCGGAAGCCGAGGUGCGCAUGGUGAACGGGAAACCCAAGAAGGUCCGCAAGCCGCGCACGAUCUACUCCAGCUACCAGCUGGCCGCCCUGCAGCGCCGCUUCCAGAAGGCCCAGUACCUGGCGCUGCCGGAGCGCGCAGAACUGGCCGCGCAGCUGGGCCUCACGCAGACACAGGUGAAAAUCUGGUUCCAGAAUCGCCGCUCCAAGUUCAAGAAGCUGUACAAGAACGGGGAGGUGCCCCUGGAACAUAGCCCCAACAACAGUGACUCCAUGGCCUGCAACUCUCCACCGUCCCCAGCCCUCUGGGACACCUCUUCCCACUCCACACAGGCGCCUGCCCGCAGCCAGCUGCCCCCGCCGCUCCCCUACAGUGCCUCUCCCAGCUACCUGGAUGACCCCACCAACUCCUGGUACCACGCACAGAACCUGAGUGGACCCCACUUACAGCAACAGCCACCGCAGCCAGCCACCCUGCACCAUGCCUCCCCUGGGCCCCCGCCCAACCCUGGGGCUGUGUACUGA